CCAUGGGGUGGCACUCUUCUAAAAUGGAGUGUAUCGUCGAUGCUGUUGAUAGUUCAUUUAUGUUACGACCCGGUGACGCUUAACCAAAAAAGGAUUAAGCCGUUGGAAGGUGAGAGCAAUCGGGCAAUUGAAUUUUAUCAAUAUUAUUGUAUAAUGGCUCAAUAUCCGCCCAUUAAUGUACGUCUGGCGGUAAACAGGGUAGACUUCAAUCUAAUAACGAAUGAUGGCAUCCAGCCACGGCUCUACACUCCCGGCGAGGAGAUAUCCAGUCAACCGGAUUUUCUGAGAGGCCAUGGAACUUACGUUGAUGAUGAGAAAACAUUGCGUGCAUCAGUUGCUGGGAUUUUGGAAAAGGUGAACAAACUUAUAUCGAUUAGGCCCUUGAAGGCACGUUAUAAUGGAGACAUUGGAGAUCUUGUCGUAGGAAGGAUAACGGAAGUACAACAGAAGCGUUGGAAAGUCGAUAUAAAUGCUAAGCUUGAUGCUGUCCUGUUGUUGUCCAGUGUUAAUUUGCCUGGUGGUGAAUUGAGAAGAAGAUCCGCCGAAGAUGAACAGACGAUGCGCAGGUAUUUGCAGGAGGGAGACCUGAUUUGUGCAGAAGUGCAAUCAAUCUAUUCCCUACAUACACGAGUAUUGAAGUAUGGCAAACUGUCGCAGGGGAUAAUGUUAAAGGUACCGCCGAUGUUAAUUCAACGCAAGAAGACACACUAUCACAUUCUAGAGAGCGGAGCCACUUUGAUACUCGGUUACAAUGGUUACGUAUGGAUCAGUGCAAACGUUCAAAACGUCGAUAAAUCCGAGGGUGGUUUCACGGAGGAUCUGUCAAAAAUUCCAAUAGAAAAUCGCAACGUUUGCACGCGGUUACGUAAUUGCAUCUUAAUUCUGGCGCAAUGUAACAUGCUAUUAUCUGAUACCUCUGUGACGUAUGCUUACGAAGAAUCCUCUAAGUACGAUUGGAACUUGGAAACAGGUAGUCGACAAGUAGUGUCGAGAGACAUGGACGCGUGUUUCAACGCCUUCGAUAAAGACUGCGACGGAUUUCUGUCGAUUUCCGAAUUUGAUCUCAUAUGCCGCGCAUUGUUUCGAAAUGACCGCGGCAAGAUUUACGGCCUCGAGGAGGAUCAAUUGCGCGAGGUGUAUUCAAUCUUUGAUCUCAAAGGUGACGGCCUGAUCGACAGGAAAGAGUUUGAGGUCUGCUGGAACCGAUGGAUCAAAGUAUGUACACGUCCCAAAAGCGCUUUCCUAAUUGUGGACGUGCAAAAUGAUUUUAUAACAGGUUCCUUAAACAUAAAGCAGUGUGCCGCACAACACGAUGGUUCGGAAGUAAUCGACCCAAUUAACCGAUUGUUGGAAACUGUACCGUUCGAUUCGGUGUUUUAUUCCCUGGACUGGCAUCCCGUGGAUCAUGUAUCCUUCAUUGAUAAUUUGCACUUGAGAGAGGUAGACAUCAGCAGCAAUAUCUCGAAGGAAGCGGCGCGGGUGUACGACACAGUAACGUUUCAAGGACCACCGUUGCUGAAGCAACGCCUGUGGCCGCGUCAUUGCGUACAGGAUUCCUGGGGUGCCGAGCUCCAUAAGGACCUAAAGAUCGUCGACAAAGCGAUCAAGAUCUACAAGGGCACGAAUCCAGAAGUUGACUCGUAUUCGGUAUUCUGGGACAACAAGAAGCUCACCGAGACCACGCUGUCGUCGCAGCUGCAGGAAAAAGGCGCCACCGAUAUCUAUAUCUGCGGAUUGGCCUAUGACGUUUGCGUGGGCGCUACUGCAGUGGAUGCGCUCACCAGCGGUUAUCGCACUAUACUGAUCGAUGACUGCAGUCGCGGCGUGGACCUCGUCGACAUCGAGAAGACCAAGGCCACCGUAAUAGGCAGCAAUGGCGUGAUAGUGAACUCCAGCCAAGUAAAGGCCAUGGUGGAAGGAAGAGACCGACGACCAGAGCUCGGUUACAAGCUUGCAUUGGAAAUUAAGCAAAAAUUGAGCCUCGGUGAAGAAUAAUUGUAGCAAAUAGUAUAGUAUAUCUAGAAACAUUUAAAUGGUAGACUAAUAUGAAAGACCAUAAUUUCAUUUUG